UGAUAUUGGAUAUUUUUAUUUUGGUUAUGCAGUGCAAAUUCCCCAAAAAAAAUAUCUAGUAUUUGAGAGAAAAGUAAAAAAAGUAAAUAAAUGUAUGUUUUGACCCCGAAAAAAAAACAAUUGAAUUAAUUAACUUUUGAAAGAAGAGAAAUUCUCUAAGGAGGUAGAUGUGAAAGGGGGAGGAUUUCGCGAACAGUGUGAGAGAAUGCAUUUGACAAAGCGUCUGCAGAAAUCGGACCUAUAAACCUGGUAAUGGGGAGAGAACCAGUGGACAAACACAUGGAUAAGAACCCAAGCAGUAGUAUCACUGUCACAGGAAGUUCAACUGGAUCAGCAGAAUGCACUACUGACCAUAAGAAAAAGCUAAACACACCUUCACCUAAAACCCUUGGUAUGAAUUACACUGUUCCAAAGCCAUUCUCUCUGUCGCCUGCUUCCAGAAGAACACCUGUUGAAUAUAAUAAUCCACCGGGAAAUGCUGUUAACCGCAACUCUUCUUCAAGAUCUAGAGCUUCACAGACAAAUAUGCCUCUAACAGCUAGGAAGACAAUAAGAGAUCAGAAGAAGCACCAUGAUGAUGAAGAAGAUAGUUUCUCAGUUGCUUCCUCAACAGCUACAUCUGUAAGAAGUAAGGUAACGAUUGGAGUUGCUCCAACAUUUAGGAGCACAUCGCGGGUAGAGAGACGUAAAGAGUUUUACAAGAAACUAGAGGACAAGCAGAAAGCACUUGAGGAAGAGAAGAGAGAAAACGAGAAAAGGCUCAAGGAAGAGCAAGAAGUAGUCACUAAGCAACUCCGGAAGAACAUGGUUUACAAAGCUAAUCCUGUACCAAAUUUCUACUACGAAGCUCCUCCACCGAAACUUCCAUUGAAAAAGUUUCCUCUGACUCGGCCCAAGUCACCAAACCUUAACCGUAGAAAGAGCUGCAGCGAGACAGUUAACUCAUCACAUCAGGAGGUGAAAGGGAAGCAUUUUGCUCGACGUAGACACAGUGUAGACGGUUGCAAGAAAGAAUCCAAAGCGAGUAAUAAUAUCCCAAGGACUCCAAAUGUGAAAAAGUUCACAAAGGAAACUCCAACAAAGUCUGAAGAAGUUUAUGGAAGAAGCAAGAGUGGCCAUGAGGGAGAGGUAGGUGAGAAAUGCAUUGAUGUUGUGAGUGAAGCUUAGUUAUAGUUUCUUUUGACUAAC